AUGAAGGUCUUCUUACCUAUCAUGGCCCUCGCUGGGCUUGGCUUAGCCGCAGACAUGAAUGUCUGGGACCUCGACGACUCUUGCCAAACACCCGAACGCAAAGGUGCUUUCGACGAGGCGUACAGCGAUGCAGAAGUUCUAGCAGUCAAGGCUCAAGAAGACCUUGAGAAGCUCAAAAGCGCGCGUCCAGACUUUGUGUCAAACAUGCGAACCAAUUGGGACCGCAUCGCAAGGGCUGCGACCAACAUGUUUGGCUUUGUGCCAAAUAAAGAUGGCCAUGAUCCCAACGAGGAGCAUUACUCGAAUGUUAGAUAUGUAUAUGAUCGCAUGGUCAAGACCCUUCACAACGACGAGAUGACUCCAGCCAAUGGCUACGGCGGACUUAAGCCUCUUCUCCUAUGCGACGAAAGCAAGUUUGUCUGGGUCGGAAGAGACGACAAGGAUCCCCAUGAUCCAGCAGGACGCCCCCUCCGCGAGUCUAGACCCAAGGAGAUGGCGGAUAACAAAGCCGGAGCUUGGGUCUACAAAAAGCGAUACCUGGUGAAUAGCGUCAAGCAAGCCAGCACGGGCCUCUGCAGACCAGGCGUGUUCGCCAUCACCCUGACCAGAAACGACUUCAUCAUCUUUUGUCCUCCAUCGUUCAGUGACGAGGUGGCUGGUACAAAGUCUGCUGUUGAUGCUAAAGACAGCGUUCAGAAGGACGAUAUGCUGGAUACAUACUCAGCCACUAGCCUUUCUCGAGUCAUGGUCCACGAGCUUGCCCAUUGGUUUGGCGGUGAUAAGACUGGUGGACCUGAGAACCGCAAUAUUCCUGAUCAACAAGCUGUCGGAAAGGAGGGAGCCCUCGUCUGGCAGAAGCCCGACGGCAAACGCACCACUGAUGCGAGUCUCGCGGACCUCAAGAAAUACCUGACAUACAACUUUAUGUGGGUUUCCAACUUGGCGCGUUCCCACGAGGGCCCCAACGCAGGAAAUUGCGGCCCGAGCAAAGCCACUUUCACGGCUGAGUCUUAUGCACUUUUCGCGCUAAUGUCUUACAUGGAUAACUGGGAUUGGGCUAAUGAUGGGAAGGCAAAGCCAUUUGUUGACGAAAUGAUCCCAUAUGAGAGACUUCCCAACAGUAAGAAGGUUCGGUUGGGGUAG